AUGGCCGAGAAUCAGACACGUAUAGAUCCUUUCUCUAUUUUUUAUGUGACCCAAAACGAGCGUAACCGCUUACCGAGAAAUAGAAAGGAAGGACAAGUUGGUUUGAGGACCCGUUGGUCAAAGGAAAGGGAAGGUCCUGAUUCCGGGACGGAGCCGUAUGACGCGAGAGUGUAUACUCUUGAACUCAGGGAGCGAGACCCUAAACAAAGUUCAAGAAGCGUUGAAGAGUGGGAUCGUCAACAAACCUUAGCUAUUCGUUGGAUCCUUGAAGCAGCUUUCAAACGACGUAUAAACUACAGGAUAAGCUUAGAGAAAUGUUCAUUUGCUGAGAUACUGGAUGCUUACCGAAAGAGGGGAAUUGCACGUAAGAAAAGGGAGAAUCUUCAUGGACUGGCUUCCACCAAUCGAAGUUUCGCGCAUUUCAGAUGGUGUCGAGCGCCAAACAACGCCGGUGCUGACCGGGAUGCCCUGUCCAGCGAGUAUCGUGAUACUACUUCAACAACGGAACCGUGGCAAUUAGGAUCUCAAGACGCAGCAACACCUAUGAUGCAAGGAAUAAUAGACUUACAUCACGAUAUCUUUUUCUUCCUUAUUCUGAUUUUUGUUUUCGUAUCAUGGAUCUUGGUUCGCGCUUUAUGGCACUUCCACUAUAAAAAAAAUCCAAUCCCGCAAAGGAUUGUUCAUGGAACUACUAUCGAGAUUCUUUGGACCAUAUUUCCUAGUAUCAUCCUGAUGUUCAUUGCUAUACCAUCAUUUGCUCUGUUAUAUUCAAUGGACGAGGUAGUAGUAGAUCCAGCCAUUACUAUCAAAGCUAUUGGACAUCAAUGGUAUUGGACUUAUGAGUAUUCGGAUUAUAACAGUUCCGAUGAAGAGUCACUCACUUUUGACAGUUAUACGAUUCCAGAAGAUGAUCCAGAAUUGGGUCAAUCACGUUUAUUAGAAGUGGACAAUAGAGUGGUUGUACCAGAAAAAACUCAUUUACGUAUUAUUGUAACACCUGCUGAUGUACCUCAUAGUUGGGCUGUACCUUCCUUAGGUGUCAAAUGUGAUGCUGUACCUGGUCGUUUAAAUCAGACCUCUAUUUCGGUACAACGAGAAGGAGUUUACUAUGGUCAGUGCAGUGAGAUUUGUGGAACUAAUCAUGCCUUUACGCGUGCGCCCGGAAACAUAGGCCGACUGCUGAGCCCACUCUGGCUCAGCCGCACCACCCAGGGUGCGAGCCACCCUAUAAGCAAGCUAUUACAGCGAGCGGCUGGAGCAGUAUGGAGCCGAGGAGCAAGGCAGUAG